AUGACAACUUUGUUGUUUCCAGGCCUUUUUCGGUUUCUCUGCCUCUUCCUGGGUUUCUCUUGCAGCCUACCAUCAUUAGGAAUCUGCGAUGAACCACCGAGCGAUAGACAAGCCCUCCUUUGCUUCAAAUCCCAGCUCUCGGGUCCGGCUGGAUUUCUAGCUUCAUGGACCAACACGUCCACGGAGUUCUGCGACUGGCACGGAAUCACCUGCGGCGUGACGUCCCCCCGGCAUGUCAUUGCGCUUAACCUUGAAUCCCAAGGCAUCUCAGGCACCAUAGCACCUUGCAUUGCCAAGCUCACUUGGCUGACAAGGCUCCAGCUGUCGAACAAUAGCUUCCAUGGCGCUGUGCCGUCCGAGCUUGGCCUCCUUAGCCGACUCACCAACCUCAACCUCAGCAUGAACACUUUGGAAGGUAACAUCCCACCUGAAAUCUCUGCAUGUUCCCAGCUCCAAAUUCUGGGUUUGUGGAACAACUCCCUCCGUGGAGAGAUCCCACAUAGCCUUAGCCAGUGCAAGCGCCUUCAAGAGAUUAACCUUGGCAACAACAAGCUCCAGGGGAGCAUCCCUCCUGCUUUCGGAGACCUUCCUGCGCUGCGCAUGCUAGUUCUUGCCAAAAACAUGCUUACCGGCACCAUACCUCCGUCUUUGGGCAGCAGUCGCCAUCUCACAUAUGCCGAUCUUGGGACGAAUGCCCUCGGAGGGGUCAUCCCACAGUCCUUGGCAAAUAGUUCAUCUCUUCAAGUACUUAGGCUCAUGAGCAAUGGUCUUACUGGGGAACUCCCAAAGGCUCUGCUCAACACUUUGUCACUUGGUGCCAUUUUCCUUGAAAAGAACAAUUUUGUUGGUUCGAUACCUUCUGUUACUGUCGCAUCGUCCCCUAUUAAGAAACUCUCUUUAAGGUUUAACAAUCUUUCAGGAGGAAUACCUUCCUCACUAGGGAACCUUUCUUCCCUAGUUCAUCUUUAUCUUACAAACAAUCAUUUAGUUGGGAGCAUCCCAGAGAGGUUAGGUUAUAUUCCAACACUAGAGAUAUUGACCUUGACUACGAACAACUUAUCUGGGCAGGUUCCACCGUCCAUCUUCAAUAUGUCAUCCCUGAAAAGUCUCACCAUAGCAGAAAACUCACUUGUCGGCAGAUUACCCUUAGACAUUGGCUACACCCUCCCCAAUAUACAGGACCUAAUACUCUCAUAUAACAGUUUUGAUGGACCAAUCCCAUCCUCUCUUCUCAAAGCAUACCACCUACAAAGGCUUGACCUGAACACUAAUAGAUUUACUGGACUCAUACCAUUCUUCGGCUCAUUGCCAAAUUUAGUGCUACUCGAUUUGGCAAUCAACAAACUAGAAGCAGAUGAUUGGGGCUUUGUCUCUUCACUAUCUAAGUGCUCCAGACUGAACAUGUUGGCCCUGGAUGGGAACAAUCUCAAUGGGAAAUUGCCAAGUUCUAUUGGGAAUCUUUCAAAUAGUCUUGACUACUUGUGGCUAAGUAGCAACAAAAUUUCUGGACCUGUACCAUCGGAGAUUGGCAACCUCAAGAGCCUCAUUGGCUUGUAUAUGGGUGACAAUCUUCUCACCGAUAAUAUACCAUCAACAAUUGGGAAAUUGUACAAAUUGGUUGAUCUAUCCUUUGCGCAAAACAGGCUUUCGGGUCAGAUUCCAGAUACUGUUGGCAAUCUUGUCCAGCUGAGCACGCUGGAAUUGGAUCAUAACAGCUUCAGUGGAAGAAUACCUGCAAGUAUAGGACAAUGCACUCAACUCACCAUACUCAACCUUGCUCACAACUCACUAGAUGGGCGUAUACCAAGUAAAAUCUUGACAAUCUCUACGCUUUCUAAAGAGCUGGACUUGUCAAACAACUACUUGUCUGGAAGAAUGCCAGAUGAAGUUGGAAGUCUCCUUCAUCUGAAGAAAAUCAACAUGUCAAAUAACAGGUUGACUGGCAACAUACCAUCAACUCUCGGCCAGUGUGUUGAUCUGGAGUAUCUUGAGAUGCAAAACAACUUCUUUGCAGGAAAAAUUCCACAAACAUUUUCCAACUUAGUCAGCAUAAAACACAUGGAUAUUUCUGGGAACAAUUUGUCUGGAAAAGUACCAGAGUUCCUCAAAUCCUUGAAAUCACUGCAAGGCCUGAAUUUAUCCUUUAACCACUUUGAUGGAGCAGUUCCGACAGGUGGUGUUUUUGACAACAUUGGUGCAGUUUCACUCCAAGGAAAUGAUCAUCUGUGUACAAUUGUCCCGAUGAGAGGUAUGUCUCUUUGUAUGGCUCUGUCUGACAGCAAAAGAAAGCAGAAGCCACUGGUUCUAGUCCUAGUGAUUCUAUUGCCAAUUGUUGUUGCCACUGCAAUCCUUUUCUCUUGUAUGGCAACAAUUUAUAGGAGGAAACGGAUGCAAGCAAAUCCCCAUUUGCAACAUGACAAUGCGCACGUAAAGAAGCUAGAGAAGAUAUCAUUUGAGAAGAUAUCAUAUGAAGACUUGGUAAGGGCAACUGAUAGGUUUUCUUCUGAAAACUUAAUUGGUUCUGGAUCAUUUGGAAGGGUUUAUAAGGGAAGUCUGCAGUUUCAAGCAGAUCAAGUUGCCAUCAAGAUUUUUGACCUUGACAUUACUGGGGCAGAUAGGAGCUUCAUAGCAGAGUGUGAAGCCCUAAGAAAUGUUCGCCAUCGGAAUCUUGUAAAAAUCAUUACCUCAUGCUCUUCUGUGGAUCAUACUGGGGCAGAUUUCAAGGCCCUAGUGUUCCCAUACAUGCCAAAUGGGAACCUAGAAAUGUGGCUACAUCUAAAAGAUCCUGAAGAUGGUGAAAAGAAAAUUCUGAGUUUAAGCCAAAGGACUAACAUAGCCUUGGAUGUGGCAGUUGCUUUGGAUUACCUUCACAAUCAGUGUGCACCUCCAGUUAUACACUGCGACUUGAAGCCAAGCAAUAUACUUCUGGGUCUUGACAUGGUUGCGUACGUCAUCGACUUUGGCCUAGCAAGAUUCUUGUUCGGCACAGCAAAUGCACAUCAAGAUAGUUCAGCAAGUUUGAGCCGCUUAAAAGGAUCCAUAGGAUACAUCCCACCAGAGUAUGGAAUGAGCGAAGAGAUAUCAACCAAGGGUGAUGUCUAUAGCUUCGGAGUGCUUCUGUUACAACUGAUAGCAGGGUGUAGUCCAACUGAUGAAAAAUUCAACGAUGGUAUAAGCCUUCAUGAAUUUGUUGAUAGAGCAUUUACAAAGAAUAUUCGUGAGGUUGUUGACCCCACAAUGCUACAAGAUAGCAGCAAUGCAACUGACAUGAUGAAGAAUUGCGUCAUCCCACUUUUAACAAUAGGCCUCUCUUGCUCCAUGACGUCACCCAAAGAGCGGCCGGGUUCAGACUUCAGACCACUCCAUGGCCUCAACGAGGUCGCACGCUUCGGUGGCUCCGCCAUUCCUGAGCAGCCCCCCGAGGAGGUAGUUCCAGGAGUUGCCAUAGGGGUCGCAGCUCCCCCUUCUUCAUUUCGUCAAACACCUGGCGGGCACCCUGGAAGUCGCCGGCCUUGCACUUUGCCGCCGAUGUGGCGUUUUAAUAGCUGGUCCUCCUCAGUCACCCACACGGCCGCGUCGAAGUCGCCGAUCGAGGCCGAGCAGCGAGAGGCACGGGCCGCCGGCACCGUCGAAAGUCCUCAGAGUCGCCCUCACCGUGCCAUCCACGCUCGACCUCGCCGUGGCCAAAAGGAACGCGAACGCCUGCUCGGUAAGGAGAGCCGCCGCGCGGACGCUUGCUCGAGGGCGUGGGCCAUGGCGGGGUGGUCGGCUAGCCUGCAGGUCUUCUGGACAAGCAGGUUGUUGUCGCGCGCGCUCAGGGAGAACUUUAUUCCAUCUUCAUGA